AUGAUUUUAGCCUUUCUUCGUUCGCAGUUGGAUGUCCCAUUGUAUUGCUUGUGGCUCAUUGCUGUAGCUUUUCUAUGUGAUUUAAACACCGUCUGUGGUGCCAACCUAGAUGAUGAUUUCGCCGAGUUUGAGGAUCCUGAUGACUCUUUUACUGCUGAUAUCACGGAACCUGUUCCUGUCCAAUCAGCCCAUCAACACAAAGCUGAGAGUGUGGAUAAAAAUAUUUCAGAAAAUAGUUUCUCUCUAAACACUGAGAUCGAUCGUGAUAGCGAAGCAGCCUUUCACACAACUAAAUCAACUGAUGGAGCGGCCGUUGAGGAUAGCGAAUUAGAGGAAGAGUCCGAGGACAUGAGACUUGACGAUGAUGAAGAGUUUGAGGGUUUGUCACCCAAUCAACCAAUUCUAAAUACCGACAAAACAAAAAGUGGUAAACGAAAUCUAAUAAUUGCAAAGGUUCCACAUCAUCUUACUCGUUCGUGGGACAAUUUUCGUUUGGAAAUACUUUUUGUAUUAGCCUUAAUGAUAUAUACCUUGAAUUUUUUAAUUGGACGUUCUAAAAAUACUCAGUUGGCGAAUACUUGGUUUUCUGCUCAUCAACCAUUAUUAGAAACUAAUUUUGCUGUAGUUGGUGACGAUGGUCUAGCUGAACCUGGAACUGGAACGUUAAUGAAGGAAUCAGAACAUUUAUAUUCUCUUUGGUGUACGGGAAGUGUACACUGUGAUGCAAUGCUAAUUGAGUUGCGCUUAGUUAAGCGUCAAUGUUUAUUCUUCGCAAUCGCCAACUGGAUAAGACCGGUUCAUGAUAGCAUUGUAGUGAAAGUAAUUAUGGACGAUUCUGAAAUGGAUGGAUGGGUCUUGGCGGUUGGUCGUAAGCGUCGUCUUCAAGCACUAGCAAAAGAUCACCAAGAUUUAGUUGUAUACUGUCCAGACAAACGUGGACAACGGCAUUCAUAUCUGCCAGAAUCUUUCAUGCUUUUAAGUGAGAUUCCAGAAGUUGUCCCGGCAAUUUUCAAUCCUCUUGUUUGUAAAUUUCUGAACGAUUUUGAAGAAUCAAUCGAAUAUUUAUUUUUCUCCGAUCAGUAUAGUGGACCAAAACCUCCUCAAGAAGAUACAACUACUCCUACAAAACCUCCAGUUACACAGAAAGCUCUUAUUUUUGCUUUGAGAUAUGUUCCAACAACAACGAAGUCAAAAUCCUUCUCAACAUCACUUACAUCAUCAAAUAAUAAUGCUAAUGGUAAUCUUGAUCAACAACAUCAGCAACCAAUCGAAUCGGCUACUGCCUUGUUCCAUUUUAUUUUCUAUGUGAUUGAAAAAGUUCGGCGAUUUCGUCUUAGUAAAGAGGGCAAGGCUAAAUCUGAACGAAAUAGGCAACGUGCACAUGACUCACAUCUUAAGUUAAUGCACAGUCAGCGACAGGAAGCUGCUCAAAAUCGUCGUGGUGAACGCCUACGAGCUGCUAAGGAGCGUAUAAUGGCUGAGGAUGAUCCUGAGAAAGCUCGAAAGCUUGAGGAGAAAGAACAACGUAAAGAAAAAUCGAAGAAAAUGCCAAAAAUGAAAAUGCUCAAAAUGAAAUAA